AACAUAGCCGAGGCAAUUUCAUUUGCAGAAUCUCAAUUACAAUUUCUUUCCUUAACCAGAAGUAGGUUAGAGAAAGUUAACAUUUUAACACGAAACCGCCGCUGAAUUCAGUUUAACAUUGACUCUUGUGUUGUUCUGUGUACCAUCAACAACUAGAGAAAAAAUGGGUUUGGGUGGUGAUGGUCUGGUUGAAAAUUACACCUUCCAGCUGCCAGAGUCUGAAAGAAAGAAAGCCCAAGAGGAACUGCGUGAAGAUGACAGCAUAAGGCAACAAUCCCUAGAACAGCUGAGAGAAUGGAUUGAGAAACAUCCAAAUAUAAAAAAAUGUCGUACUGAUGCCCCCUUUUUGCUGCGUUUCUUGAGGACUAAGAAGUUCAGCGUCCCCCAAGCUUCGGAAAUGUUGGAAAGAUACCUGACCAUCCGCCAACUCUACCCACAAUGGUUCACCAAGCUUGACCCUGAAGAUCCAGAGCUGGCUGAGAUCGUUGAGGCCGGUUAUCUAGUGCCCCUUCUGGAGAGGGAUGGGGGCAAGUUGAUCCUCUUCAGCAACGCGGGCAAGUUUGAUCCGCACAAAUUCACCUCUGCGCACAUGGUGAGGGUGCACAGUAUGGUCACAGAGGCUCUGAUGGACGACGAGGUCAACCAGAUCAACGGUUAUACCUACAUCAACGACGAGAGCGGUUUUCAAAUGUCCCACAUAUCGCUCUGGUCUUUGACUGACAUCAGAAAUAUUUUGAGGUGUAUCCAGAACACUACUCCAAUGCGUCACAAAUCCAACCAUUUCCUCAACAUCAGUUCCAGCGCUAUUAAACUAAUAGAGUUUGCAAUUUCAUUGCUCAAUGAAAAACUCAAAAACAGGAUAUUCAUAUACAAAUCGAUUGAUGAGCUUCAUGCAAAAAUCGACAAGAAAAUUCUACCCAAAGAAUAUGGCGGUGAAGUUCCUCUUAACGAUAUGCUGGAAGAAUUCAAAAAGCACUUGAAAUCCAAAAGGAACGAUUUGUUGGCUUUGGACGAAAUGUACAUUGAAAUUGAUGAAAAAUCUUGUCCCUUAGUUUCUGAGAUGAAUGAAGAACUUGGAAUUGGUUUGGACGGCAGUUUCAAGAAAUUAAUAGUGGACUAGUAUUUAAGUAUGUAUUAAGUUAACUGUUUAACUUUAAGGUAUAAAGGUGCAGCUUAUUUUCCUUUGUGAUACAGAAAAUAUCUAUUUUGGAUAUUUUACUCCCAUUUAAGAAAACUUUUCAUUCCAUUUCUAUGUUCAUCGUCAAUUUUCCUCUUCCUUUCUUUUUCUUCUAUUUCAUGUCGUCAAACUCUUUUCAAUUCUUAUAGUCUAGUCAUCAUGUGUUAACUGAUUCAAGGAUUUUGUAUAAAUGAACGAAGUCCUUGGUCAGUUUUCUUCAUUAAUUAAUGAUUUAUUUAUAUUUACUUUAUUAUUUAGUAACAAAUGUUGAGGAAUUUUUCCUUAGCCUUGGUGGAAUAAAGUUACCUACCUUUAUCGAUUGUUUUUUGUUCUUUUUAUUGUUAUAGUAUUUUUAUCGUUUAUUUUUUGAAAUGUUUUGAUAUACAUAUUGUUAUUUUUCAAGAUGAGUUCAUCAAUUUUUUUAAGUAAUUUACGUGAUCCAAAGAGUUCUUCAAGGAACUGUUUCUUUCAGUAAAAUUAUUAAAUGACGACUGAAAUUACCGGUUUCAAUUGAGGAAUCUUGAUUGAGGCGGCUUUCAGUCAAAUGGAUAGAAAUAUUACUCAACUUAAUUGUACUUAUAGGAUCCUUUUAAUGAAAUAUAUUCAUCAAAAACUUUUCUAAAUAAAAUGCUUUUGAAUUGUA